GUCAGUGUUAUUCUCAAGUGGAGAUGUGGAGUGUCUUUCUGUCUCUCUCUCUGUUUCUCCAGCCAAAUUCAGCUGAGGAAGUGAUGUUGCUGGACACCACCGAAUCGACAUCCGAGCUGGGCUGGACCACCUAUCCAGACACGGGGUGGGACGAGGUCAGCGUUCUGGACGAUCGGGGCAAGCUCAUCCGCACGUUCGAGGUCUGCAACGUCAACCAGAAUCCCCGGCUCCAAGACAACUGGUUGGCCACGCCCUUUCUCUACCGACACUCGGCCCCACGGAUCUUUGUGACGAUGCGGUUUUCGGUGCGAGACUGCGCCAGCCUGCGCUCGCCCUCCCCUUCCUGCCGGGAGACGCUGACGCUCUACUACAGGCAGGCCGACUCCCAGAGGGAGGUGGAGAGGACCUGGGGGGGAGAGACAAGCAACGGAGAGAAGGAGACGAGGGAGGGCUGGGUGAAAAUCGACACCAUCGCCGCAGACAAGAGCUUCAGCCGCGUAGAGCCCAGCCUGCCGCAUCAGUACCAACCGGACCGGUUGCGCCGCAUCAACAUCAAGACGCGCAGCUUUGGCCCCCUCGCACGUAAAGGGUUUGUUGUAGCCAUAGUGGACAGCGGAGCCUGCGUGUCCCUGAUGGGUGUGUCCGUCUUUUACCGCCGCUGCCCUGCCACCACCCGACACAUGGCGCUGUACGCCGCCACUCCCUCGGGGGCGGAGUCCACCGCGCUCGUACCCGUCGACGGGACCUGCGUGCCCCACAGCCAACCGCAGGGCGGUGCCGCACCCCGCUUGCACUGCAACGCGGAGGGAGACUGGAUCGUACCGGUUGGCCAGUGCGUAUGUGACGAAGGAUUCGAACCCAACCACAACGGCUCGGCCUGCCAAGCUUGUCCUGCGGGUCAUUUUAAGGCCACACCAGGCUCAGUGGCGUGUUCGCCAUGUCCAGCCAACAGCAGAACCAGCACAGAAGGCUCCGGGGUGUGCGAGUGUCGAAGCGGGUUUUACCGAGCCCCCAGCGAUGACAACAGCACUGCGUGUACAGAACCCCCAUCUGCACCUCUUGCUCUGUCCUGGGAGUACGAGACCGGCGAGGGCGGCGUGUCUCUGCGCUGGCGCCCCCCUCAGGACAUGGGAGGCCGCGGCGAGGUGUGGUACUCCAUAGUGUGCCGAAUCUGCCCCUCUGCCUCCAUAACAUCCCCUGGGGUGUGCUCAUGGUGUGGGGAGGCGGUGACGUACACCCCGUCCCAGACUGGCCUUCGACAGACCAAGGUCACGCUCAACAACCUCCUCACUCGAGUUACCUACCUCAUACAGGUGCAGGCGAUAAACGAGGUGUCGGCUCUGAGCCCAUUCCCGCCCCGCUUCGCCAGCAUCAACUUCACUACGAGCCAGUCAGUGCCCUCUCCGGUCCCCAUGAUGCACCAGCUCAGCCGGGCCCCGGACUCCAUCACUCUGUCCUGGCCGCAGCCGGACAGGCCCAACGGGGACAUCCUGGAGUACCAGCUGAGAUACUACGACAAGGGCACCGACGAGGACACGGCCGUGAGCGUGUUCACCGAGACCAACACGGUCACCGUGAACGCCCUGGCCCCGGGCUCCAUCUACGCCUUCCAGAUCCGUGCCAGGAACGAGAGGGGCUUCGGACCCUACAGCCGCACCUCCUACUUCACCACCCUGGCUUUGGAGGAACGAUCCAAACAAGUCCAGAAUCGACUGCCUCUGCUGGUCGGCUCGGUGAUGGGAGGCGCCGCCGUCCUGCUCGUUGUCGCGGCAAUAGUCAUUGUGUUCGUGUUCCGGAGCAAAAGGAGAGCGAGUCCUUACAGUGACAGACUGCAGAGGUACAUCAGCAACAGGGGAGGGGUAAAGUACUACGUGGACCCUUCGACUUACGAGGACCCGAGCGAGGCGGUGCGGGAGUUCGCCAAGGAGAUCGACCCUGCCCACCUCAAGAUCGAAGAGGUCAUCGGAGCCGCCCAGUUCGGAGAGGUCUCCCGGGGAAGGUACCGUCCCCUGGGCAGGAGAGAAGUGCAGGUUGCGGUGAAGACCCUGCGAUGGGGGGUGACCGAUCGCGAGAGAGCGGUCUUCCUCAGCGAAGCCGGAGUUCUGGGCCAGUUUGACCACCCCAAUGUUCUGAAACUCGAGGGGGUGAUCACUCGCUCUCCCCCCGAGAGGAUUAUCACCGAGUACAUGGAGAACGGACCGCUGGAUGCUUUCCUCAGGGAGAACGAGGACCAGUUCAGCGUGCUGCAGCUGGUGGGGAUGCUCCGGGGCGUGGGGGCCGGUAUGCGCUACCUGGCAGAGAGGAACUUUGUCCACCGGGACCUCGCCGCGCGGAACGUCCUGGUGAACGCGAACCUCGUGUGCAAAGUGUCCGACUUCGGCCUGUCGCGGCUCAUGCGGGGCCUCGACCACAACAUGCCCACCUACACGGCUUCCCUGGGCAGUAAAAUCCCAGUGCGGUGGACCGCUCCAGAGGCGUUCCAGCAUCGCAAGUUCAGCUCGGCCAGUGACGUAUGGAGCUUCGGGGUUCUCAUGUGGGAGGUGAUGUCAUAUGGAGAACGGCCGUACUGGGACAUGAGCAACCAGGAGGUGAUGAAGGCUGUGGCUGACCAGUAUCGUCUUCCAGCCCCGCAUAACUGUCCCCCAGCAAUCCACGCCCUCAUGUUACAGUGCUGGCAGGCAGACAGGCAGGACAGACCCGGGUUCGACUCCUUGGUGUCCUCUCUCGACCGACUCAUUCGACACCCGGCUUCGCUGAAGGCCGAAAACAGCUGGUCCACCCAGCCACUGCUGAGCCCCACCCCCACAGACCUGUCCACCGUGACGACUGUGAGCGAUUGGCUGACCGCCCUCCGGAUGGACCGCUACAAGGACGAGUUUGAGAGGGCGCAGAUAGACAGCCUGGAGAAAGUCAGCACCCUCACUAUGGAGGAUAUACAGAAUCUGGGAGUGAAUCUGUUGGGUCAUCAGAGAAAAAUCGUCAACGCAGCUCAGCAACUCAGAAUCCAUCUCACUCAGGGCCAGGUGGAGGUAUAGAAGAAAACCGUCAGACACCCCGUGGAUCCUGAAAUUUGCAUGUCAUGCACAAAAUCCCACAAAGAAUGGUAUUUCUUCCAGAGCGGAAAACCAAUAGCAAAUUGAGUUACUCCAAUUAUGGUAACUGCAAGUUGUACAUACUGAACAGCACCCUAACCUCAAAAUGAACAUGCGGUACGUCCAUAAAGUACAUCCUGAUAAAUAGCCGUGGAAAAAACAGCCUUCGCAAGCAAUUGUUGGAGAUGCGGUCCUUAUAUGCAAGUAACGGGAGGGAGGUGAGUGUUGAAAAAGGGGGAGAGAAAAAUAACAAUUUCGAUAAUUCUGCACCUUUUUUCACAAAGCUGUUCUUUCUCUCCUUUUUCACUUGCCCAUCCUUUAAACCUCCGUACCUCUUUACACUCAUUCAUCUUUCACAGUCUCCCUCCCACUCAUCUUUUUCACAGCUGUUACUGCAUAGAUCAUGAAAGUUAAAAUAUACAAAUCAAAGGGAAUUAGGAAGCCCAAGGAAAGAGUUUCUUUAGUCCAUUUUUAUUUCUAUUAUGAGUGUCAUAAGGGUUAUUGUUUUGUUUUUUUUGUUGGUGCCAUACAUCUUCUACACUAAUUUUGGCAAGAAGGCAUUCAGACGCAAGAAAUACAUGCACUGAAUGCGAUUAAAGAAAAAAACAAUGUAAUGAGUGAUGGGAAGGGUAUGGCUCCGGUCAUGUUUCAUAAUGUCAAGACAAUAUAACACACACCCUAUUGUUUAAUUAAUCGCUUUAAAUAAAAUGACUAGUGUAAAUGUGAAAUCUGCAAAAAUUAUAUAGUUUGAACGCCAGUUGAAGUCGGGAGGGGGAAAGUAUGUUGUGCGUGCAUGUGUGAGCGAGCGCGUUUGCGUGAGCGUGUUCACUUUUAAAUAUUGUGAAAAUUUGUAAAAUAAAGA